AUGUCUGCUGCCGCUCGUCUUUAUCCCAAACUUUUAAACUCGCUCAACUCCUUCCGUCUCUCAAAGCCCAUCGCGUCCCUCACCCUCGCUCCUUUGCGUCCCUUCUCUCAAACUGCAGUUGCUUCCUCGCAGCAACGCUUCGCAAGCAUUCAUCGUCCUAGCGCCGUCUCUUCCAUCAAGUCAUUCAAGGCGAGCGCAUCAACAGGUCAGACCAGAGCCAUGUCAUCCGAUGUACCAUCGCAGAUGAAGGCCAUCCUGGUCAAGGACGGCAAGGGUCCCUCCUCGAACCUGUACUUGGGCGAAGCGCCCGUGCCUGAGCUCGGCGAUGAUGAGGUGCUCGUCAAGAUCAAAGCCUUUGGACUCAACCGAAUGGACAUCAUGCAGCGUGAGGGCAAUUACCCGCUCCCUCCGCACGCUCCACAGAUCAUGGGUGUCGAAUUCUCCGGACACGUCGUCGCCACCAAGAACCUCAAGGAUGUGCAAUGGAAGGUCGGCCAGGAGGUAUUUGGUCUCGCCGUCGGCGGCGCUUAUGCAGAGUACAUCAAGGUGCCUGCUCGCAUGAUCCUCGAAAAGCCCAGCGAGCUCGACUGGGUCAAGGCAGCCGCCAUCCCGGAAAACUACCUCACCGCCUUCCAGGCACUGCGCACCAUCUGCGAGUUGAAGCAGGGCGAGGACGUCCUCAUCCACGCCGGCGCGUCAGGUGUCGGUCUUGCCGCCAUCCAGCUUGCACGUGCCUUUGGAGCCAACAAGAUCUACGUCACUGCCGGCUCGCAGGAGAAAAUCCAAAUCUGCGAGGACAUUGGUGCCGACAAGGGCUUCAACUACAAGGCGGGAGACUGGGCCGAGGAGCUCGCAAAGCACACGGGAGCCCAGGGCCCUGCGGGCUCGGUCGACGUGAUCGUCGACUUUGUCGGCGCGCCUUACUUUACCAACAACCUCAACAGCCUCAAGCGCGACGGCCGCAUGGUCCUGCUCGCCUUCAUGGGCGGCGCCAAGGUCAAGGAGAUCGUGCUGGCCCAGCUCCUCUUCAAGCGCCUCAGAGUCGAAGGCUCCGCCCUCCGCUCUCGCAGCCUCGAAUACCAGAGCAAGCUCGUCCAAGGCUUUGUCAAGGAGAACGGCCUCGAACGCCUCAUCGCUGGCGCUCGCCCCGACAGCUCCGGCAAGCACCACAGCAAGCUCAUCAUCCACAAGGUCUACUCCUGGAACGACAUCAAGGACGCCCACGACGAGAUGGAGGCCAACAAAAACAUCGGAAAGAUCGUCAUCACCAUCGACGGCGCCUGA